AUGACAGCAGACAUAGCUCGCGAUUUCAUGCUGACCUGCCCUCGUGCCGCACUGCACGUGCCCAUCGGCCCUCGACCCAAGCAUUUGGCCUCGCAUAUCAACAAGAAAUUUCCCGGUGCGCAGGCUCAGGCUGGUGAUAACGAUCACUCUUCGCAAAAGAAUUGGGUUCAAUUUGUCAGCUUUGUCAACUCGGAGUUGCAAUGCCAGCGACCCGUCUUGCUAUUGCUUGCCUACAGCAACACCUUGAUGCACUACGUCACCAUCGUAGCAAGCCGAGGUGGUGAGGAAGUGGUCGUGCUUGACACCAAUUCGCAGACGUACGCUUAUGCGUGGGAAGAUCUGCACCACAUGGCUGACAAGAAAGGCACACACCUCGCUCACUUGCGCAUCUUGUCCAACUACAACUGGAUAUCCUUUGGCACGAAAAGCACGCGCUUCGAUCGAAUUCUCGGCAAUAUCAAUGCGGCCUGCUGCGAGACUUUCUACAACACCGUCUAUCACAUUGAUUGGAAAGAUCACUUCUACAUGCUUGGUCAGCAAGAGAGUCGGGUCGGCUCGCCGUGGUGCCACCCUGGAUUCUAUCGUGCCAGAUACCCUAAAGAUGCGGACGCCUUGGGCCCAAACAACAUUGUCGAGCACAUGCUCACGGUAGGGCUGUCCACCGGCAGGCAGCUCUCUCCACAUUUCGAUCCAGGCUAUUAUUGGGACGCGCACGAAGAUUUGAGGAACGCUUUCCACGACAGGGCUGCGGGAAGAACCAGGAACGAGGCUCUGCUGGCGCACUGGAUCAGGCAUGGGCUCGAUGAAGGUCGUCGAGCUGCUAAAGAUAUGUGCUUCAGGUCCUACCUUGAGCGCUACAAAGACCUGCAAGACGCUUUCGGUCCGACGGCAUACAAGAGAGCUGCUAUGCAUUGGUAUGAACAUGGGAUCAAUGAAGGCAGAUCCAGUGCGCCUUUAUGA